GAAGCGGCCGCUGCGGCGUUGCCAUGGCAGCGCGGAGGGCGUCAUGGGGAGCGGGCGGCGGGGGGCGCGGGGCCGGGCUGCGGGCCGCGCUGGAGUGGGAGCGGCGGCUGGAGGAGGCCGUGCUGCGGGAGGAGGAAAGGAAGCUGCGAGAGCUGCAGCGGCAGCAGGAGGAGCAGUGGGCGGCAGAGGUGGCUGAGCAGAAGCGCCAGAGACUGAGAGAGGAGAAGAUGAGGCAGCAAGUGAGGGAGAACAGUCUUGAAAUUCGAGAGUUAGAGAGAAAGUUGAGAUCUGCUUACAUGAAUAAAGAGCGAGCUGCACAGAUCGCUGCGAAAGAAGCUCUGGAGAGUGAGAAAACGAAACAGGAGGCUGAAAUAGCCCAAAAGAUGAAGGAGGAGUACGAAAGGGUAAUGAAGGAAGAAAGUUUUGCAGAACUGAAGCGAAACAAGGAGAAAAUAACAUAUCAUCAAGAACUGGAGAAGCAGCUUGAGGAACAAGAGAGGAAGAAGCAGGACACCUACCAAGAGUCCCUGAGAGAAAAAGUCAUGAUUGAUGAAAUUGUAAGAAAGCUCUAUGAGGAAGACCAAAUGGAAAAACAACAGAAGCUGGAUAAAAUGAGAGAAAUUCAGACAGAUAUUGAAGAAUUUAAAAGAGAACGUGCCACCUGGAGGAGAAGGAAGGAGGAAGAGAUGGAAGAAGAAAACAGGAGAAUUAUGGAGUUUGCCAGCUUUCAGCAACGAAGAGAAGAAGACUGGAUGGCUAAAGUUCGAGAUGCUGAGGAGAAAAAACAAAGACUUCAAAGCAUGAUUGCUCAGAAUCUGGAAAGAGAACAGCAGAAGCGUGAAGAACAGGAACAAAUCCGCCAAGAGCUGUAUCUAGAAGAACAAGCAGAGACAGAAAGGCUGAAGGAGAUGGCAGAAGCUGAAAAGAGACUGAGGCAACGCCUAGACUUAAGGCAAGCAUAUGAAGAGCAAUUUGCUUCAAAGAAGGUAGCGCAACAAGCUCUGCGAGAACAGGAAGAGGCCUUCAGACAACAGAUGUUGGCCAGGUUGGCAGAGGAUGAUCGCAUUGAACAGAUGAAUGCUCAGAAACGAAGAAUGAAAGAGCUCGAACACAGAAAGGCUGUGGAAAAACUUAUUGAAGACCGUCGCCUACAGUUUAUGGCGGAUAAAGAGCGUGAACUUGAAGAAAGACGGUUAGAGGAAAGAAGAGAAGAGAACAUGCUUGCAAUUGUUGAAGAAGAGAGACGGAAAAUCCUGAAAGAGCACGCCUUUAAAUUACUGGGUUAUCUUCCCCGGGGAGUAUUCAAAGACAAAGAUGACAUUAACAUGCUCGGAGAGGAAUUUCGGCUGGCUUACCAGGAGAGAAGAGGUAAUGCUGUUUCAGAAGAGAGCUGAGAUUUCCCCAGUCUUCUCAUUUGCCACUAGGUGUCAGCUCAUUUCUAAUGAAAACUUCCAUUUGCUGCUCACAGGGACAAACUCCUCUUUAAUAUCAUAAAAGGUCUCCAUUUUAAGGCUGGAGUUCUAAACUGAAGGGCAGCUGGUUUUAUUGAGGAGUGCAGUGUUCUUGUGUUUUCCAUCAAUAAACUGUCUGGAUUUCUCAGCUGUUCUCAGUCGGUGAUGCAGCCAUGUUACAAAUGUUUUCUCCAGCAGCUCUGCAGAAACUGAAGCCAGUGUGAAUUCCCAUCACAUGGGUUUUGGUGUGGAAUUUAAGGUUCUCUUAAUGCACUAGGUUCUGCUUUCAAUUUCAAGAUUUAUCUGCACUGGUGUUAUACUAAUAAAAUACUGAUCUAAAGGGAGUUUCUGUCAUCCUAGAGGGGUAGGUCUGAGUUACUUGUCUCACUGUUGGUUCGUGUUACUUUGCUGGUCU